CACAUCCUCCACCACCCUUGUACUCACUCCUCUCCACACACCCCACCUCUUUCUGCAUCAUUCUGUUGGACUCAAUACAAAACCAGAGGAAUAGCUUCUGUUAUAAAGAUAUCGGCAACAGGUAGUGAAUGAAGGUAAACAAAGACUACAGAAGACUGAUUGAUGAGUUAAUGUGACGUGUGUGACCCCUCUAUUCUGUCCAGACGUCCGCCGGGCUCAGCAUGUGGCCCCAUGACAUCUCCCAAAUCACAGGUAGUUACAAGUGAUCAGCCAAACUCAAGAGAUUCAUCUAACUGAAGCCUCAAGGACCUCUCAAGAUUUCUUAAGCUUUACCUGAAGUGCAAACAGAUCAUAAGAGCACCCAGUUAAGGAUUAUGCCCAUAUAGCACCCUGUGUUUGUGUAUCUGACAAUCUGUGUGGGUUUGAGCGACAUUGCAACCAUGGCUGACCCCUACCACAACAACAUCUACCACCAAGGAGACGGCGACAGCUAUGGGACUUAUGGACAGGGACAGGACGGCUACGGUUACCAGACGGACUACCCUCCCCAGGAGGAAGACGCGGCCAGUGAUGUCACCGAAGGGCACGAUGAAGAUGAUCAAAUGUAUGAAGGGGAGUACCAGGGCAUCCCUCACCCAGAUGAGGCCAGGGCUGCGCGUAGGGCCGCAAGAGCAAAAGCCAGAACAACGGCAGACGCCAUUUCAGAACAAGAGGAGCUGGCGGAACAAUAUGAGGACAUCAUGGAGGACUGUGGACAUGGGAAGUUCCAGUGGACCCUGUUUGUGGUGCUGGGACUGGCUUUAAUGGCAGACAGCGUCGAGUGCUUUGUAGUGGCGUUGGUGUUGCCCAGUGCGGAGAAAGACAUGUGUUUGUCUCACUCUGAGAAGGGAAUGCUGGGUCUGAUAGUGUUCCUGGGAAUGAUGCUGGGAGCUUUUAUAUGGGGCGGCCUGGCUGACAAAGUGGGCAGACGAAAAUGUCUGAUUAUCGUCCUGGCCAUGAACUGCAUCUCUGCUUUCUUCUCUUCAUUCGCGCAGGGAUACGGAUUCUUCCUCUUCUUCAGGCUGUUCUCGGGCAUUGGCAUCGGGGGCUCCGUCCCAAUCGUGUACUCGUACUUUUCCGAGUUCCUGCAGAUGGAUAAGAGAGGGGAACAUCUCAGCUGGCUCUGCAUGUUCUGGAUGAUGGGGGGCAUAUAUGCGUCCUUCACCGCUUGGGGAAUCAUCCCUAGAUAUGGCUGGGGUUUCAGUAUGGGCACAGAGUUUCAGUUUCACAGCUGGAGGGUGUUUGUGUUGGUCUGUGCUCUCCCAGCAAUAGCAUCUUUGAUCGGACUGAUGUUCAUGCCAGAGAGUCCCCGGUUCCUGCUGGAGAACGCCAAACAUGAUGAGGCUUGGAUGAUUCUGAAACAGGUCCAUGAUACCAACUGGAGAGCGAAAGGAGAACCAGAGAGAGUGUUUACUGUAACACAUAUCAAGACUCCAAAGACACAGGAAGACGAGUUUAUUGAGAUUCAGACUGCGACUGGAACAGCUUUUCAGAGAUGGUUUGUUCGGACUUUGACACUGACCAAACUGGUCAUCCGAAAUGUUUUGUCCCUGUUUGGUCGGGAUCUAAGACUCGCUACUCUGCUAAUGGCUGUUAUAUGGUUCACAAUGGCAUUUAGUUAUUACGGGCUUUCGGUGUGGUUUCCUGACAUGAUAAAAUACCUACAGCACGAGGAGUACGAAUCCAAGCUGAAAGUGUUUCAUAGAGAGAAGGUGGAGCAGUUUCAUUUCAACUUCUCCUUGGAGAAUCAGGUUCACAAAGAAGGCGAAUACAUCAACGAUAAGUUCAUCAACAUGGAGAUGAAGUCUGUGAAGUUCGAAGACUCUCUGUUUGUGGACUGCUUCUUUGAGAACAUCAGAUCCACAGAAACCUUCUUUGAAAACUGCACACUUAUCAGGACUACAUUUUACGACACGGAUUUAUACAAGGAGAAGUUUGUCGACUGUACAUUCGAGAACGUUACCUUCGAGCACACUAGGAAGGGAUGCCACCUGGACUACGGUGAGGAGAAUGACGUUCUCAUCUACUUGGUCAGCUUUCUGGGUAGCUUGGCUGUGCUGCCUGGAAAUAUAAUCUCAGCACUUUUCAUGGACAAAAUUGGGAGAAUUAAGAUAAUAGGUGGUUCGAUGCUUAUUUCGGCUGGCUGUACCUUCUUCCUUUUCUUGAGCUUUAGUGAGGCGGCCAUCAUAGCUUGGCAAUGUUUGUUCUGUGGAGUUAGCGUAGCGGCGUGGAACGGCAUCCAGGUCAUUACUGUGGAGCUCUACCCAGCUUCAAAAAGAGCCACAGCAUUUGGAGUCCUGAAUGCCACUUGUAAACUGGCAGCCAUAUUGGGGAGCUCAAUCUUCGCCUCAUUUGUAGGCAUUACCAAAGUCAUUCCCAUUCUUCUAUCUUUCUGUGCUCUGGUUGGCGGAGGAGUGCUCGCCCUCAAACUGCCCGAAACCAGGGAGAAGAUCUUGCUGUGAAGAUUCAAAGCCUAACCAUUGGUCCAGCCAA